UGUUUCGAGAAUAAUUCUCUACAGCCAACCAGAAUUAACACAGUGAGGUUACUUCUCAAAUAAUCGUAGCAACGUGUACGCGUGAUUGCCGGUCGAUCACUUGAUUAUCAUUACAAAUAAAUCAUUAAUUUACAUUUAAAAAAAUACAAUUAAAAUGUCUGCAGCAGCAUCAUUUGCAAAGAAGGUAUUCCCACUUCUCGACAGAGUUUUGGUCCAGAGAGCUGAGGCAAUCACCAAGACCAAGGGUGGUAUUAUCAUUCCAGAAAAUGCACAAGCUAAAGUUUUGAAAGCAACUGUUAUUGCUACUGGACCUGGAGCACGUAAUCAGCAAGGAGAACAUGUUCCUUUGAGUGUCAAAGUUGGUGACACAGUUCUUCUUCCAGAAUAUGGUGGUACCAAAGUUAACCUUGAAGAAGACAAGGAAUUUCAUCUUUUCCGUGAAUCUGACAUUCUUGCUAAAAUUGAAUAAAAAUUCAACCUAGGCUUAAAACAAUUUCUUAAUUUUUUUUUUUUAUUAAUUUCAUCAUAAUCUUCAAAAAUAAUUACACUUGAU